UUAAUCAGAUGCAGAUGACCGUCGGCUCUAUAUCAUUGCUCAUCUUCCCCGCGUUGCUUGCUGGUGACAACGGUCGCAGGUUCUACAAGAAACUAUCCAGACACUAUGGCCGACCUUGCACCGGUUCCCGAGUCCUCUGCGAGUUUCGACGCAGCGUCACAGCAAGAUGAGGGGAAAUCGCCGACAGACCCAACGCGGGGAUCUUCCACUGCACCAUCGCAACCACAACCGCAACCACAACCACAACCCAAGUCCCUCCUCCACACUCGCCGUCAGCUGCUGGCAGCCCUGCGAGCAACAGAUACCACCAUCGAGCGACUGGACAAACUCACCACCACAGCAGCCGGCACCGAACGCGUCCUCGCCGUCACAGGCUACCUCUCGCACGCCCUGCACCACCUCCUCGCCUCCGCCCCUUGGAUAGCCGUCCAAACCCGCCUCAGCCUCCUCGCCCGUCUCCGACAUCACCGCCUGCACCCCACCUCCAAAGCCCCCAGCAAAGCGAAACCCCCCCUCCUCGCCCUCUCCUCCCUGAUGUCCGAAACCCGCUACACCCUCCGUCUCCUCGGCCUCCUCCCCCUCUGGACCUGGGGCGCCGCCACCCUGCGCAACCCCCCGAAAGACCGCACCCUCUAUGUUUUGACCAUGCUGCAGGUGGCGGUGAAUAUCAUCUACCAGGUUUUGGAGAACGUCAGUUUUCUGGCGGCCAAGGGAGUGGUCAGUCGGAAGUGGAUCGCGCGGUGGGGCGGUAUCGUGCAGUGGGAUUUGUGGAGUACGAGGGCGUGGUUCGGGCAUAUCUUUUUGCAGUUCUUUGUCUUGAUUAGGGAGUGGGUAUUGAUGCGGAGGAGAAACCGAUUGAGGAGGGAGAUGAAGCAAGUGGAUCUUGCUGGGAAGGAGGGGGUGGAGGCUCAGGGUGUCCCUGGACAGAAAGAGGAGGAGGCUGAUGCUCGGGAGAUCCGCGCGUGGAGAAAGAGUCUCGUGAAUAAUGUCUGCUGGGCGCCGUUGUGUCUGCACUGGUGCUUCGAAGAAGGGAUUGGGUUUCCGGAGCAUUUGACGGGGUUGGUGAGUUUUAUGGCGGGGGCGUGGGAGUUUUGGGAUUCGUGGGGGAGGACUAAGUCUUGACUCUUCUGAGAUUGUGGUGAAGAUGGAAGGGGUGGGCGGAGGGGUAGAGGGUAUAUACCAGACCUUGUGAGAUUCUAUGCGUAGAUUUAGAACACUUGGAUAGAGCUUAUGGUUUGAUUGCUCGGAUCGAUGCACUGGAUAAGCGUUGAUUUGUUGUGCUAGAUGCUUAAAUACAGGAUCCAAGCUAAC